CUUCGUAACAAUUACACUAAAUCAACAACAAUACUGGAUUUUCAAUAUUUUUCCUGGUGAUUAGCCGCUGGACGGUGACACCAAACGGUCUAUUAAAUUUUUAAACAAUCCGAUCUAACAGAAACUAGUGAAGCACUUGUGAAUUCGAUAUUAUCCCUUUUUAGGAUUUUUAUUGAAUAGUAAUAAUUAAAUCUGUGAAGGCAUUACCGUUAAUUCUGUGAAAAUAGCGUAAUCACUAAGUUAAGAUGGCGACGUUAAUAGCAACAUUGAGUGAAAACUAUCGUGACCUGAUGGAUAACAAGAGUGAUCCUAGAGUGAAUGAUUGGCCCUUGAUGAGUGGUCCACUUCCAACAUUCCUCAUCUGCAUAUUCUACGCAUAUUUUGUUAAAGUACUCGGACCAAAAUUAAUGGAGAAUCGCAAACCAUUUGGUCUCCGGAGAGUAAUGAUAGGCUACAAUUUAUUUCAAGUUAUAUUCUCAACUUGGCUGUUUUACGAGAGCCUGGCUUCUGGCUGGUGGAACGAUUAUUCAUUCAGGUGUCAGCCAGUUGAUUACUCCAAGAGUCCAAAAGCCAUGAGAAUGGCAGGUGGCUGUUGGUGGUACUUUAUAUCAAAAUUCACUGAAUUCUUGGAUACAAUUUUCUUCUUGCUGAGGAAGAAGAACGAUCAUAUCUCCACUCUUCACGUCAUUCAUCAUGGGAUCAUGCCAAUGUCCACUUGGUUUGGAGUUAAAUUUACUCCAGGCGGCCAUUCGACAUUCUUCGGUCUUCUCAAUACUUUCGUGCACAUUGUCAUGUACGGCUACUACCUUUUGGCAGCACUCGGGCCAAAAGUCCAGCCGUACUUAUGGUGGAAGAAGUACCUCACAACCCUCCAAAUGGUACAAUUUGUUCUGGUGUUCCUUCACACCUUCCAAUUGCUCUUCAUCGAGUGCAAUUAUCCGAAGGCAUUCGUGUGGUGGAUCGGCCUGCACGCUGUUCUCUUCUUCUUCCUCUUCAGGGAUUUCUACGUCAGGGCUUACACCAAGAGGCAAGGAAAGAUGGCAUCAGUGAAAUCAGAGAAAUUGCAGAAUGGAAAUGCUCAUGGAAGUGGAAAUGUUCCCAGUGAAAAUGGAUCUGCUUAUCCCAAUGAGUACAAAAUAGCCACUGGUUACAUCAGUGACAAUGGCUUAAGGAACCGCGUCUUCAUUAGUAAUCGUAAUUUUCAGGAGUAAUGAGUUGUUUAUUAUUAAGUGACAUUCUUCCAAUGAUCCUCUCCGGUGCGAGGGGGUGCGAAGGGGUGCGAAGGGAUGGCGAGGAAUAAUCCAGUUUUGUUUCAUAUGGAAUUGUUCUUUCUUCACGUAAUUACGAAAUGAGGAACAAUUUACUCAUGUCAUUAUUGAUUACAUCACUGAGAAAAAAAAGUGUCGAUAACACGCGUCCGUUCUUGAUUGAAAUUUGUAACUGUUUUAUUUGCGGUGGUAAUCAAUCUGAUUCUUCAAUCAAUCUGAUUCUUCGAUCAAUCUGAUUCUUCAAUCAAUCUGAUUCUUCGAUCAAUCUGAUUCUUCAAUCAAUCGUUUCACGAAAUCGCCAAUUCAGCGAGCUAAUCGUUCAUAUGUCUCUCGAAAAUUCUAUUCGCAAUUGAAUCUAGAAUUAAAUCAAUUAUGCGCGUACUUGAAUCAAGUAGAUGCAGAUUUGAAUCGCGCGAACGAGAGAGUACGAAAACUAUUAAAUAUUACUAUAAAAAUUGAGCGGAAAGCCUCAGAUGGGCGGAAUAUUUAUUGAUUAAACGCAAAUAUAUUCGGGUGAAAAAUGCAAUAUAUCGGAUAUAUUUCACAUGUAAUUAUUAGUUAGUAAUUUUUUAAUCUUUUUUUUCGGUAGUUUUAUUAAACGGACACUUGGUUUAGUCAUUUCGGACCUGAGUCGCGAAAAAACGGAUGAGUGAUCAAUUCGGUAAAUACUUGAUCGACGCUUUUUUCUCAGUGCAGUCUACUGAAGAUGUGCUUCAUUUAAUUACCUUACAUGAAUCAGUAGUGAGAUUGCUAAAGGAUUGGAAUCAACCAUUUAUAAUUCGCCAAUUGAUGAUACAUCGGCCCGAAUUGAAUCGUUUUGCUGUUUUUCAACUGAUGUUUCUUCACAAUUUUUUUUUAUACAGAUGAUACAUCGAUAUUCACACGAUAUUCACCAGCAUCGUGCAUUUGAUUGAGCAUGUGUGAUUGUACGUGAGUUUUGCUCACUUGUUUCGGUUGUUAUACUCUGAAUAUUAUGAAUCGGAAUUCGCGAGAUGUUUACAACUCGAGAAUUUUCCAAGCGAAUGCAGCAGAAACGAGUGUUUUCUAUACAUUGAGAUGAGAAUUUAAAGACUUUACUAAUUAGAAAUCGGUGAUGCUAUUAUAAUUGUUAGGGUCUAGCUUUUUCGAUGCUCAUUCUCUGGUCUGACAGAAUAACAAAUAUAAUUCACUCAUUUUUUUACUAGGAAAUUGUGGGAAUUGAGGGAAUGUCUGAGUGCGUGUUACGUCGUUGAAGAAUUUUCAUGUUCAUGUUCAUUCGUUAUUGUUUAAUGAUAAAUUAUGAGGUAAUUAUUGAGAUGAUUCAUGAAUCUCGGAGAAAUCCGAUAAGGGCGUCCCGAAUCGGGUGCGUUCUGUAUUUUGUGUAAUAGAUUACAAUUAUUAUCGAGCAAUUACUCUUUUUGUACUUUAGCCUUCUCUUAGAUUAAAUGUAUAUUUAUGAAAAUACAUGUGUAUUUUGAAA